AUGAGACUCGCCUUCAUCUUAAGCGUUUGUCUCGUUUUUGUUUUUUCUCCUGGAUAUAGUCAUGAUCCAGCUACUGGCAUUUCAAAGCAGGUAUUCGUCGAACCACAGCAGAGUAAGCAGGUGUUUCCAUUGUAUAGUUCCAUUAUUUUGGUUGCGCAAGGCGUUUACGCUCAUUAUAAUGUCGCGAAACCAGUUUGGAUUCGGGUUGUAUGGUGGGGGGCCUUUGUAGCAGAGGAUGGUGGUGUUUUAGAUAAUUCAAUCCAAAUACGUCGUGCAUUUCUGAUUUGCAAUGAUGUAAACACAUACAGUGACGACUGCGCUAAUAGCAUUCGGGAUGCAUUCAAGUCUUGCCUGAUGAAGUUGAUUUACCUACUUCUGGUCAAUAAGGGUCAUUACAAACCUUCACUAGUUUUAUUUGCAUUUUAUAUAUUGUUCUAUCUUUUUCAAAAUGGUAAAUGA